AUGGCAGACGCAUCUUCAGUCUCCCCGCCGUUGAGCGAGGCUUUCGGCUACGGAAUCUUGAUAGGUUUGGGGAUUGCUUUUGCGUUGUUUAUGAUCGUUGCCACGUGGGCAUUGAAACGGUACCACAACGAGGUUCAAACAUCGGAAGCCUUCAAUACCGCCGGGCGUACUGUCAAAUCAGGUCUGGUGGCUAGCGCAGUCGUCAGCAGUUGGACAUGGGCCGCGACAUUGCUGCAAUCUUCCGGGGUUGCAUACAACUAUGGGAUUUCAGGUCCUUUUUGGUACGCCUCGGGGGCGACAGUUCAGAUUAUUCUUUUCGCAACCCUGGCUAUUGAAUUGAAGAGACGUGCACCUAAUGCACAUACCUUUCUUGAAGCUGUCCGUGCCCGAUAUGGCAAGAUUACACACUUGGUCUUCCUUACCUUUGGUUUGAUGACAAACAUCUUGGUCACGGCAAUGCUCGUCACGGGCGGCAGUGCCGUCGUUGAAUCCUUGAGCGGUGUCCCAACCGCAGCUGGUAGCUUUUUAUUGCCGUUCGGGGUCGUUCUUUACACAAUCUUCGGUGGAUUGAAGGCAACCCUCCUCUCUGACUGGACUCACGGCCUUGUUGUUCUGGUGAUUAUAAUACUCUUCAGCUUUUCAGCUUAUGCAACGAAUGAAGAGCUAGGGUCUCCUGGCAGAGUAUGGGACCUGCUGGUUGAAGCUUCUGCACGACACCCUGUUGAUGGAAAUCGAGAAGGAAGCUACCUCACCAUGCGGAGUCAUGGUGGCGCAAUAUUUUUCGUCAUCAACAUCGUAGGAAACUUUGGUACUGUCUUCCUCGACAAUGGCUACUACAAUAAGGCAAUCGCUGCCUCUCCUGUGGACGCUUUGCCAGUCACUUCCACUGACUUGUACUCAGGUCUUUCAUGGUUCGCCAUUCCCUGGUUAUGUGCUACCACCAUGGGUCUUGCAGCACUGGCGCUAGAGAACUCUCCAUCUUUCCCGACCUUCCCAGAACGAAUUCCCCCUUCCGAAGUUUCAGCAGGCCUUGUCCUACCAUACGCCUCACAGGCUCUACUUGGCUCAGGAGGUGCAGCAGCGUCCUUCCUGCUCAUUUUCUUUGCUGUCACCUCGGCAUACUCUUCAGAACUUAUUGCGGUGUCCUCGAUUUUCACCUACGAUAUAUAUCAGACAUAUAUCAAUCCAAAUGCUAACGGCAAGUUCCUCAUCAGGAUGUCUCACCUCAGUUGUAUUGUCUAUGCUCUGAUUAUGGCUGGAUUCGGAAUUGGCCUUUUUUAUGCCGGUGUUGGCAUGGGCUAUCUAUAUCUUAUGAUGGGCUGCAUCAUUUCGUCAGCGGUCAUUCCAGCUACCCUGACACUAACCUGGAAGGAUCAGAAUUGGAUCGCCGCCGCGGUUUCCCCUGUGCUUGGACUUGCUUGCUCGCUUACCGCAUGGCUCGUUACUGCGAGACGAGAAUGUGGCGAGCUUACGAUUGCGUGUACCGGAAGUAACUACCCAAUGUUGGCUGGGAAUGUUACCGCACUACUAAGUCCGCUCAUCUUCGUCCCUGUCCUAACGUACUCGUUCGGACGUCAGAACUACGACUGGCAAUCAAUGAAGACCAUUCGUCGUGGAGAUGACUCUGAACUCAUCCGACGUUCCAGCAUCGACCCCGAGGUGGUUCAUGCACAUGUCGAUUUCACCAACGACGAGCAGGAACAAGCUCAUCUCAAUCGAGCCGCGAAAAUUGCCAGAGUCAUGACGGUGGUAAUGACAUUAUGCUUCCUCAUUCUUUGGCCAAUGCCACUGUACGGAUCCGGCUAUAUCUUCAGCAAACCCUUCUUCACAGGCUGGGUCGUGGUCGGCUUCAUAUGGAUAUUCUGUACUACUGCUUGUGUGGGCGUCUUCCCUCUAUGGCAAGGUCGUAAGACUAUGACUCAUAUCACCAAGGCGAUGUGGGAUGAUCUGACUGGGAAGAAAUCUCCGGCGUUCUACGGGACUGAGAGUCGCGAGGCCAGGGGGAAUCCGAACGCGCUCACGACCGAGAUGUUCACGGCUGAUAAAGCAGACUAG